AGAAGAGAAGCUUAAGCUUGGAGUGACGAACAAGACAGGCACAGGCAAACACCAGAUUGUAUAAGGAGAGUGACGAUUAACUUGAUUCAUUAGCACCCAAAAUUCCAUCCCUUCCAAUUCAAAAGCCUUCUCUGCUACCUGUCGAUCUCGUUCUCCGGCGACGGUGAAUACGCCUAGCUUCUCAACCAAUGUCGAUUUUCGAGUAUAAUGGCAGUGCCCUCGUUGCCAUGGUGGGCAAGAACUGCUUCGCCAUAGCUAGCGAUCGACGAUUGGGUGUUCAGCUCCAGACCAUCGCCACCGAUUUCCAGCGGAUCCACAAAAUCCACGACCGUCUCUUCAUCGGCCUCUCUGGCCUGGCCACCGAUGCCCAGACUUUGUAUCAGAGGCUUAUGUUUCGACAUAAGCUGUACCAGCUGAGAGAAGAGAGGGACAUGAAGCCUGAGACUUUCGCCAGCCUUGUCUCCGCUCUGCUCUAUGAGAAAAGGUUUGGUCCAUAUUUCUGCCAACCUGUUAUUGCUGGAUUGAGUGAUGAUGACAAGCCAUUCAUUUGCACGACGGAUUCUAUUGGUGCCAAGGAACUGGCAAAAGAUUUUGUUGUUGCAGGAACAGCUGGCGACUCACUUUAUGGUGCAUGUGAGGCAAUGUUCAAGCCUGACAUGGAACCCGAGGAGCUAUUUGAGACUCUGUCUCAAGCACUUUUGGCUUCGGUAGAUCGUGAUUGUCUUAGUGGAUGGGGUGGACACAUCUAUAUUGUCACUCCAACUGAAGUAAAAGAAUGCACGUUGAAGGGAAGGAUGGAUUGAUCAAUUCCCAGUUGUAUGGACACUUCCAGAGGGCUCUGUGGUUUGGUGGCAGACACUUUUGGCCUCCCACAAUUCUGAAUAUCAAGGGACAGUGGGUUAUUGGUUGAUCAGGCUUAAGCUGUUUGGUACUGUAAAACUGAAAGUAUGUAUUUUUUAGUGUUGAGACUUUGAGAUUGUGUAACCAACCGAAUCAGCUGAUUUCAUCUGCUGCCUAGAAUUUGUUUCGUUAUCCAGCCGUUGGCAACUUAUUCGACU